GCAGCGUUUUGUCCGUUGGCCGGGCGGGCGGGCGCCGGCCGCGGAGAUGCCCACCAGCAGGGAGAGCGUCAUGUCGUGCCCGGCCGACGCUCACCACCAGGUCCGCAUGAAAGCCUAUUACAAAGGGGACAUCAUGAUCACCCACUUUGAUCCUGCCAUCACAUAUGAAAAUCUUUGCACUGAAGUUCGCGACAUGUGCUGCUUUGACAACGAACAGCUCUUUACAAUGAAGUGGAUUGACGAAGAAGGUGAUCCUUGUACUGUCUCAUCUCAGCUGGAGCUGGAAGAAGCUUUUCGCCUCUAUGAGCUGAAUAAGGACUCGGAACUGAUCAUUCACGUGUUUCCCUGCAUCCCAGAACGGCCAGGCAUGCCUUGUCCAGGUGAAGAUAAAUCGAUAUACAGACGAGGUGCUCGUCGCUGGAGAAAGCUGUACUGUGUAAAUGGACAUACUUUCCAAGCCAAAAGAUUCAACAGACGUGCACAUUGUGCAUUUUGUACUGAUCGGAUCUGGGGCCUAGGUCGUCAGGGCUAUAAAUGCAUCAACUGUAAGCUUCUGGUCCAUAAGAAAUGUCACAAGCUGGUCACAAUUGAAUGUGGACGUCACACUAUAAGCUCACAUCCUCCUCAUUAUCCCUGGGGUAGUGGUGAUCAGGAUCACAUGAUUCCAAGUACAGAGAAUGCAGAAAACAUCGUACCAGUUAUUCCAUACAAAUCCUCCAGCCAAGAAAACCUGGAUCAUGUUGGCGAGGAGAAAGAGGCCAUGAGCAGCAGGGAAAGUGGGAAAGCUCCCUCCAGUUUGGGUGUUGCUGACUUCGAUUUAAUCCGUGUGAUUGGGAGAGGCAGCUAUGCCAAAGUUCUUCUUGUCCGACUGAAAAAGACGGAGCGCAUUUAUGCAAUGAAAGUUGUGAAAAAGGAGCUAGUUAACGAUGAUGAGGAUAUAGAUUGGGUGCAGACAGAAAAGCAUGUGUUUGAGCAGGCAUCAAAUCACCCUUUUCUGGUAGGACUGCAUUCCUGCUUCCAGACUGAGAGCAGGCUGUUUUUUGUCAUAGAAUAUGUGAACGGUGGAGAUCUGAUGUUUCAUAUGCAGAGGCAACGAAAGCUUCCAGAAGAGCAUGCCAGAUUUUACUCUUCAGAGAUCAGUCUGGCGUUAAACUACCUUCAUGAACAUGGGAUAAUUUACAGAGAUUUGAAACUUGACAAUGUCCUGCUGGAUUCUGAAGGACACAUAAAACUCACAGACUAUGGAAUGUGUAAGGAAGGCUUGAGGCCUGGAGAUACAACCAGCACAUUCUGUGGUACACCCAAUUAUAUUGCUCCAGAGAUCUUGCGAGGCGAAGAUUAUGGUUUCAGUGUGGAUUGGUGGGCACUGGGAGUGUUGAUGUUUGAAAUGAUGGCAGGGAGAUCACCAUUUGAUAUAGUGGGGAGCUCUGAUAAUCCAGAUCAGAACACAGAGGACUACCUCUUCCAAGUCAUUUUGGAAAAACAAAUACGAAUUCCACGCUCGCUCUCUGUCAAAGCUGCAAGUGUAUUAAAGGGAUUUCUCAAUAAGGAUCCCGCAGAACGACUCGGAUGUCACCCACAGACAGGAUUCGCAGAUAUUCAGGGAAAUUCUUUCUUCCGCAAUGUAGACUGGGACUUGAUGGAACAAAGACAGAUCAUUCCACCUUUCAAGCCACACAUCUCUGGUGAAUAUGGACUUGACAACUUUGACUCACAGUUCACGAACGAACCAGUCCAGCUCACUCCAGAUGAUGAUGAUGCUGUCAAGAAAAUUGACCAGUCAGAAUUUGAAGGCUUCGAAUACAUCAAUCCCCUCCUGAUGUCGGCUGAAGAAUGUGUCUGAGUUGCUGACGUCUGUGCAUUCUGGCCAGUGCCUCCAACCUUGCAUGUGGAAGAGCUGAAAACAACAAAUGCCUUGCUUUAACAGCCAAACCCUUUCCCCUCUGCAGCUGAUGGUUUGAGAAUUCUCAUCCCAACCCUUGUCCAAAAAGUAGGGAUGAGUACCUCUAUUUCUUUCAAUGUAGCCAUAAGCUGUAGAAUAAUUGAGAGCUCAUCCUCUGCAGUUGGGAGUCAACCUUUUUCUUCCCCCAUUAUUCCCAGUUGACUCUAAAUCAGUGGACAGAAAAAUUUGUGUGGGGAGUGCAAAUGAUACCUUGACUUUUAGCUAUGAAUGUGUUUUGUAAACCAUUGCUGGAGACACCUGUGUGGGAAGUUCACUUUAUCUUCCUGGUGUGAAACAAAAUCUUACAGGCUUAACGUAAAGGUUUUGCUUGCUCUCUUCCACCCCCCACCCCAACACCUCCACCUGCCUAUUGACAGUGGUAUUGCUCAGGGAGAUGGCAGCUGUGGCUUUGACUAAAAUGCUUCUGCUGUACAGCAUUGCUCUUAUUUACUGAUGUUGGGAGGAGGAAAGCAUUUUACAGCGUUCUUCUGCCUUCUGGCAUGAUGCCAGCAGGAUGUGUACAGAAAUAGAUUUCCACUAAUUGGGUCGGUCAAUUUAUUUAGUCAAUCAUUAGAUGUUAAGUUAUCACAUUUUUGGGGGUCACAGAUUAACAAACAGUACAAAAGAAAAAGUGCACAAACAUACUGUGACUAUACGUGUCUGUACUGCUGUGAAAGGUGUCUUUUUUAAUUUGAAUAUAAAAUUGUAUUCUGUACCAUAGUGUGUCGAUUGAGAUUUUCAAUCCUGCCACUGUAGUCCACUGAAACCAAGCCUUUUGGAUGAUGUGCUGGCUAAGAAACAAUGAAAUUUGGGGAAUGAUAUUGUCACAUGGUUCUACUUUACAUACAAAUGACUCACUUCCUGUUUGUAGCAUCUACAGAUAAUAUCACAAGCCCAAAACACUGCUUUUCUGGGAGCUGCUAUUCUGUUUGCUUAUAUGCAAGUGAAAGAUGCAUACUUUCCUCCCUCGGUGAAGGGUUAAAUCCACAUUUUAAUAUAUAUGUAAAUGCAAGUAAAUUAUUCACCCACAGUUUACACUGUACAACAUUUGAGUUCUUGUAUCCUCUUCAUACUCGGCUGGUUUAUGCUAUUGUAGAAUUACCAACAACAGACAUGAGGUCCCAAGCAAAGAUUCUGAUAAUUAGCCAUUUCAAGUCUUCACAAUUUAACUCUUGCACAAAGAGAGCAGAAUUGCCCAUCUCAUAUAAGAAUUUUUUUUACAGUUGGUAAAUUCAAAUCUCAGUUAAAGAUGUGUCCUAUUAAUUUUUUCAUCUUUAUUCCAUUACUUGAUCCAACAGCUAAUUAGAAGAGAUUUAGCAUAUUGCAGCAAACUGCUGCUCUUUCCUUCCUCCAGCCAUAUUUCCAUUCCCAGCCCCUCCCCUCCCCCAUCAUUUUACUUUAUUAUGGACAUCUGAGUUUGAUUUUAUAAAUUCUGAGAAUUUUGUUUCAAAAAAUUAAAUCCUGGU